AUGGCAGAUAAUGAGAGUGAUCCUACUUCUAAUCACAAGGUUAUUUUCCAAAUUAUUAUUGCAAUUUCAGCUGCAUUUGUUGUUACUUCAGUGUACCGUCUCAUAGCUAUUUGUUUGUGUCACCGAGGACGAACCACAACAGAUCAAAACCAACUACAACUACCGAAUCACGCUGCGAUACCUAGCCGCGAAAGGACAUCCUCAUCAGUAGGUGUAGCACACCAAAUUCCAACACACAAGUACCGCAAAAGAAAUAAAGUUGAUGCUGCUUCGGACGAUGAAGGCGACACAUGUGCCGUGUGUUUGGGAGAUUUUGAGGAGGGUGAGGAGUUGAAGACUAUGCCAGAGUGCUUGCACUCUUUUCAUGUGCAUUGCAUUGACAUGUGGCUCCAUGCGCAUUCGAGUUGCCCUAUUUGUCGCACUGGUGCUGGUGCUGCACCUUUGCCGGUGGUGAGGGCAAAUCAUCAUAGCAUAGAUAUGAAUAUGUCUCCACUUGGUAGUGGUGCUGCUAUGCAAAGUGGAUUGUUGCGAUGGUGA